AUGCCUGUAAAGAAAGAAGAUAGUGGCGGCAUGUCCGUCUUCGAACGACGCCGUCUGGAAAACAUCAAGGCCAACAAGGAGGUCCUGACUGACAUUUCGAAAACGGCCAAAAGGGUCAUGCCGGAAAGACCUGCUCCAAAACCUGCACCUAGACCAAAGAGAACAUCUGACGCCACACCGACCAGACGUAACACCCCUCGUGCGACAAGGACGAGCUCGCGGCUAGCUGGCAUAGGUGCCGACGACGAGACCCUCAAGCGGAAGAUGGAGGUCGAGAACGAGAACCAAGCCAUGCAAGCCAAGGCGAAGAAAAUGCGACACAAUGGCGACCUCAACUUAGGGGAUAUCGCUGUGGAGGGUCGGAAAUUUGGCAACGGCGUUGCCGGCAUCAAGGAUCUCUUCCGGGGAGCUGAACCGGGCGUGAGGACAUUCACCGAAGACGAUGUGACGGAGACGACCGACAAGUCGCUCAAGGAGUUGAGGGAACAAAUGAGUGCGCUCGAAUUGUACGAGCACUGGCUUCCUAAUGCCGAGGGCGACGACGAUGAAGAUACCAAGCCGCUCGACCCUGUGAUAUCGGCCUUCACAACCCACACACGCACUAUCACAGGGUUCGUCUUCCCACCGAACGAUAGCAACGCAGUAUACACGUCGUCGUACGACUCGUCGAUCCGGAAGAUGGAUCUCGAGAAAGGCACAUCCGUGCAGAUAUGGGCCCCCGAGGACCACGACGAGGACCUACCGCUAUCAGCAUUGGACAUGCCCCCGAACGAGCCGAACAUGCUCUAUUUCUCCACGCUCAGCGGCUUGUGCGGCCGAUACGACAUCCGUGACCCCAAGUCCACCGACAUCUGGCGUCUGUCGGAUCACAAGAUCGGCGGCUUUUCGCUGCAUCCCCUCCAGCCGCAUCUCCUCGCCACGGCUUCUCUUGACCGGACGCUCAAGAUCUGGGACUGUCGCAAGAUCACCGGCAAAGGCGACCUGCGGCAUCCCGCGUUGAUGGGCGAGCACGAGUCGCGUCUGUCUGUGUCGCACGCCUCUUGGUCCGCGGGCGGCCACCUCGCCACCUCGUCGUACGACGACACCAUUAAGAUUCACGCCUUCCCGGAAUGCUCAACCUGGAAAACGGGUCACGACAUUACGCCUGCAUCCAUGGAGCCCACCCACAAAGUCCGUCACAACAACCAGACCGGCCGCUGGGUGACGAUUCUGAAACCUCAAUGGCAAAGGGCGCCACGGGAUGGCAUACAAAAGUUUGUCAUUGGCAACAUGAAUCGCUUUGUGGACGUGUUUGCCAGCGAUGGCAGCCAACUAGCCCAGCUUGAUGGUGAGGGUAUCACGGCCGUGCCCGCUGUCGCGCAUUUCCAUCCCAGCCAGCGGUGGGUCGCUGGCGGCAACGGGAGUGGCAAGCUGUGCCUGUGGCGCUAG